AUGGUGGAGCUCACCAGAGGCUUGGAAUGGCCGGAGGUGCGGCACAGCGAGGUCGGCGGCGAGCUCAGGCGUCAGAGGGUGUGGCGGAUCCCGUGGAGCGGCCAUGGGGGUGCAGCUCCCGGCGUCCUCAUCCCGCGUACAGGUUCUGAAGCAGUCUUUCCAUCGGACAUAGCUUUUGGUGCUCCGCGCAUCCAGAACUAUGACGAGAACAAAGUCGAAGCGACUCGAUGCACGGACAUCGACUCGGCAGAGGAGCACCGCCUGACGGCCUCCAUCCAGCACGUGAGAUAUGAGCAGCAGCUCCGGCGCUAUCAUGAUCGCAACGUUCACGAGCGCGACUUCAACGUCGGCGACCUGGUUCUACGACGAAUCCAGUCGACCAUAGGCACUCACAAGCUGUCUUCCCCAUGGGAAGGACCCUUUGUAGUCAGUGGGAUAGUGGUUUCUGGAACCUACCACCUACAGAGGCCAGACAGUACAAAUGUGGGCAACCCAUGCAAUAUGGAACACCUGCGUCGCUUCUAUCUGUAG